AUGUUGGUUGACGAGAAGGCACGGGAGGUGCACAAAAUGUCUCUGGCACGCUUCAUUGCGGAAAUGCCCGUCGGACUGCGACACUUGGCCGCGUCCGUACUCACUGAUAGCAGCGAGGUGGUCCGGCUGUUGGGUGCACUGGAAAGUAAGUGGUGUCAGCAGAUGGAACAGGCACCUGCCGAGUCGAGCAGUCGUACUCUCACCGUCACCGGUGCUCCCUCAGUUCAGUACCGCAUGCUCUACAUAUCCGCAACCGCCGCCAAGCCGCAGUUCCGCCUCCCCGAGAACGUCGCAGACCUCUAUUUGCAACGCGCCGAACACGCCUCCGGCGUCAGCUUCCCUGCCCGUGGUGUGGACGCCGUCAUCCAAGUAGAGGUCGCCGAACCCUUCCCUGAAGCCGAAGUUGGCCCCGUACCCGGUACCGAAGCCCUCAUGUUCGGCCUCACGGAUGCCGUAACCACCUGGGUCCCGCGGCUCUGGCUUCAACAAGCUGCCGCACGCUGGCGACAGUGGCUGCGUCUGCGCGUCAACCUCGAACUGGACCGCGCACGCCUCGAAGCACAUGUGCUGCUCCGCACACACCGCCGUCGCGGCGACACACAUCUCGCACCCCUCUUGAACGGCGCCGCCGGAGGCGGCGCCGUCCCUGGCGGCCCGGGCGGAUCUCGCCCGGGUUUGCGCUCACCCGCGUGCGGUGGUGAAUGCUUGGCGGCGUUCGGGAGCCCGUGUGCGGUGUGUGCGUUCGACCGUUUCGCACUGCCGGGUGCGGAGGCUGACUGGCAGCAGCGUUUCAACCAGUGGUGGUUGGAGUGUGUCUUGCUCCCGCUCCCGCGUGUCUGGCGGCGUUACGCCAUGCCGGCGGUGUACCGGUACCUCUCGAAGCCGAACGGUUCAUCCGACUUCGUGGUCCCGCUGAACUGCCCACCGAGCAAGACCAAGGAGUGCGCGGCCGAAGCACAGUGUCCCUGUCUCGUGGUAGCCGGGGUGCCCACGCGCAGCAACUCUGACGCGCCCAGCCUGCUCGCUGAAUUUGCCGGGCUCCUCGCUGCACUGACCAGCGUGGACGACGGCGCCAGCCCCAUUCCCGAACCGCUUUGCUUCGUGGCGCCCUCGGCACUCGACGUGAAUGGCCCGCUCUUUAUCGCCCACAGGAAACUCGUCGAAGAUCCGUUCGCGCGCCUCCUCGAACUACGCGCGAAAAGAAACCCCACCGUCAAACAGGCGGCCCGCAACAUGUGGGAACGCUCGUCGCGUGCCGGCGUAUGGAGCGACGCCCUUGGUGUCGCCGCCUUCCCGCCAUUGGCGCCCAGCAAAGGGCCUCGCGCCAAAGCCGAAGGUCUCCGCAGCCGCUCCAGUCGUGACAACCUAGCUAAGGACGCCGCCAAGGGCGCCAAAAACUCGCGCACCAAACUUCAGGCCGGCGUCAGAGGCCGGGCCGGGGCCGGCGGCCCCGCCGCCGCGGCGGCGGCAGAGGAGGGCGUCGCCUUUGCGGCGGAAGAGGAGUUGUUCGAGACCGUGUUGGAGGUAAAGCAGUGCGAGAAGGCGGAUGUGUUCAUAACGUUAUCGAACGCGAGUGUGUCGGCAUUAUUUAUCGUGCUCUUCUUAGUGCGGUCGGCGUGCAUGUUGGAGGUGGUGAAGUUAUGGGAGAGUUGUCUGGAGGAGGGUGCUGUGACGCAGCAGGCGUUGGCGGCGUUGAUAACUCGGAGAUGGUGUAGUUUGGAAUACGCUUCGUAUGUCCGGUCGCAAUCGCUGGAGGCGAGGGAUUCGGACGAGGAGUCUAACUCGCAAGGUGAUACAAUAAACAAUACACGCGAUUUCCUAGCUGGUCGCGUCCUCGGCAAGAUCCCGGAUCAUGUGUGUUACCCUGUGCACAUUUGUCACCCUGAUAAGAGUGACAUAUUGCGGGAACGUGAAGCGCUCAGUGAACGCGAACAACGCGACCGCGAGUAUUUACAGGCGAGCAUGAAGCAAGGUCACGGUGGCAUCGCUGGGGCCAGUGCGUACAUGACGGCGUUUCCGACUAGCCCGGUGGAGGAACCGACUAUGGUCUCGCCGAACAUUUGCCAUGACGAAGACUGUUCCUUGUUUCCACACCCACCCGAUUGUGCGUCCUGCAGCGAAAUCGCAACCACUUGCUCCGGCUACGAUGACUUGUUCCUACAAGCUGCCGCACCACUCGGACGAGGAAUCGAGGUUUUGUGGGAACUCGCCACACAGAUGCGAAACAUCCGUCGUCUUCCUUACAGCGAAGCCGUAGGCCACUGCCAUCUAGCUGCAGCCAUCGCCUUCGAGAUCUGGCACGACCUCGUCGAAAUCGGGGGGCUCAAAGGACUCAAACUGAUUGAAAUUGGCGAACGAAGACUCUUCGGUCUCGCCAUGGGCGAUCUUGUCGGCGACCCGCACUAUAUUCAUCGGUUCAAAAAUAAAUGGAACGAAACUAUCGAACAAGGCGGCUCCUCUCCCACCCGAUAA